AUCUGAGUGACAACAGGUCAGUUGUUCUCGCCAUUCCCUUUAGUAACUGCGAUAAUAAGAUCCCAGUUCCUAACUUAAAAAGUUCGUCGAACUGGUAUUAUUUCUUUGGAUCCUGAUGAAACAUAAGCUACCUGAUGAUAGUGUUGUUAGCCCUCAAAAAGUUAUGAAGGUAUCCGAUAUACCUGAAAUGAAAACAGUAUAUGAUGCUCUUGAAUACCUGUUUAGUCUAUAUCCUUCUAUGAACUCGAAAAAUCUUGGUCGUCCAAUUGUUUUGAAGUCACAGUUAUACACUCUUGUGAAUAAUCGAAACAAGGUAGAAUCACAACUGUGUGAUAUGCAGAAAGAACAGAAAAUACGUUUAUUGAACAUAGAUGAUCAAAUUGAUGAUUCCGUUGGUAUAAUGAGAUCUGAUGAUUUUGUAAAUUCUUUCAGAGAUUUUUCUAUUGACGAGUCAAAGAUUUUAGAACGAUUCGCCGAAUUUACUAGUCAAAAGUAUCAUCAUUUAAGCUUGUGUAAACGUGUUGCUUCGGAACAGUUUUCGGAUAAUGAAAUAAGCGUUUUAGUACAAAAUGGAGCUUUAACCAUCAAAUCUGAGAAUACUUGGUAUAUUUCCACCCCAUAUCUUGGUGCUUUUAUUCGUGCUUACAAAGCUGGUCAACGGGGUUUGUUAACACUGAUUAAGAGGACGCGAUUCAAAGAAUUAUUACUGUCAGAGAUUUUUCACCGAAAUCUAGGUAAAGGUGCUUACCUAGGUCAUAUGUAUCAUUUGCUCGCUCAUUUGGGAGCUGGAACUUUGAGUUCGAUUCAAACUAGCUCUGGCUUGCUCAUCAGAUUAUAAUGCUUCAAGAAGAAAUGACUAAGUUAAUGUAGUGAUUUUACUGUGAUAACUUUUGUGGAAAUUAACUUACACUGUUUUGGUCUACAUUUUCAAUAUGAUACAAAAAUGUUACUCUCUAUGCUUAUAUUCGUUGAAGAAAGGCAAAUUUAUCUUGUAAUAUUAAUAUCAUUAAUUCCCCUUUCAUUUUCACCCACUAAAAUGUAAGUGAUCAUUGUAUUCAGCUUUUGUUUAGAAUAGAAUGCACAUGGCAGACUAAAGAUUUAAAAUUACUCAGGUAACAAACUUUCAGGCAAUUAUUAAAUGGUUUUAUCGUAUAAAAAACGAUGAGUUAAUUCAACAUAUUGACUGAAAAUGUAACGCAAUUGUCUUUAUUUCAAUUAUAUCUGGU